AAAGCAGCAGAUAUGUAAAGCUGACAACACAUUUCUACAAAUAAAGCCUCGACGACGAAUCUAAGGUAUACUAGAUGUCAACUCCUAGACAGAUAUAUCAGAGAACUGAUGUUAGCUGAUCCUGGCAUCGCUCGUUUUCGCAAGACGUUUCCAGCGGCGGCGUCGGAACGCGAAGGAGGAGAGAGGCAGCAGCAUCAGUAAUCAGACUAGUUCCCUCCCAACCGCACGGCUGAGGCGGAUUCAACUGCAGCACUGGGGAACGUAUCGCUGGAUGUGGGUGAAGACCGUGUGAAUGCGCGUGUAGGCUCAUACGCUGGGAUAGCGAGAUCUGCUCAUCCUAACCCUAUGCGCUUUAAGAACGCUUCCCAAUCUGGCGCGCUCAGGACUGAGGCAGGUGUAGCGGCGAGGGCGCAUCCAUGAGCGUCUUCUCCCGGGACGGCAUGUUUUUAGUUUAACCGGAUUUGUUGAACAGACUGGGGAAGAGGAAAGGCGAGUUCGGAGGUUUUGAUGCAUAUGAUCACAACCACCAUGAUUUUUAUGAUCCUCGGUGCUUCAGUUGUCAUGGCGAUAGCGUGUUUAAUGGACAUGAACGCACUCCUGGACCGCUUUCACAACUACAUCUUACCGCAUUUACGAGGGGAAGACCGCGUCUGUCAUUGCAACUGUGGAAGGCAUCAUGUUCACUACGUAAUUCCAUAUGACGGAGACCAUUCGCUCGUGGACUCGUCUGAGAAUUACUUUGUGAGUGACAGUGUAACCAAACAGGAGAUGGACCUCAUGCUGGGGCUGUUGCUGGGCUUCUGUAUCAGCUGGCUGUUGUUGUGGCUGGAUGGAGCUUUGCACUGUGCUGUGAGGGCCUGGAGAGCCAGUCGCUAUUAUGAUACCCCUUCCUGGUCGUGGUUGCCACAGUUCUGCAACCUCCGGGACCUCCGUAGACGCGCACAGCUCCGGCAGCUGGAGGAUUCCAGCGGAAACAUGGUGCACAUCAAGCAGAAGCUCUAUCACAAUGGUCAUCCCAGCCCCCGCCACCUCUGACUUUAACGGCAGUUUCCCCAAAACUGCUCCAUUACCAGCUGCUGCCUCAGAGACCCACUUUAAUUGUUCCACUACAUCUUUUAGACCUUCAAAAACCACUUGAGUAUUUGCCAAAAGAAGAAAGAAGAUUAUCGUUGCCAAUAUGCUGAUCUGUGUCUACAUUCACCACAUUUGGCGAAUGGUUUAGAAAGUUGUUUUUUUCUGUACAGGCAUUUUAUUUUCAAUUGCUGAAUCUAGGCAUGCACUUUUAGAAUGGGGGAGGAUGCAAGAAAUGGUUUUGUGAGACACUGGGAGUCAAUUCAUGUUUUUUCCUUGCUUUUUCCCCCCACCUUUUUUAGCUUUUUCAUCAGAAUACAACUUUUUGGGAGGGGGGUGAUAAGCGGGUGGGGUGGGAGGGUGGUGGUUAUGGUUUUGUGAUGGUAUAGUUAGAGAUUAAUGCUCUUGUAAAUAGUUAUACAUAUUGUUUUAUGGGAUUUAAGCAAACACGGGAGUAGGAAGUUCUUAGAGACGAGUCAUGAACUGUAAAAAAAGAGAGAAAAACAUAAAGAGGAAAGAAUUUUGAAUGCUGAUAUGUGAUAUGUGAACUUUUUGGAUGGAUGAAAAAGAGAUCACUCUAAAAAAUUAUCGAUUAGCUUUGUUACUACGUGAAAUAAAUGAAUGUAUUCAUUUUAUCUGUAAAUAAAGGAGAGUGCAGGACGGUUGAAAUGAGCGGUCAGGGCUCUUUUUGCUGUUUUGAACGUCAUCCGUCAUAUGUGAGAGAACUGCUAGCACUUGCCUUGUCUUCCCUACACUGUGUCCAAUAGCCCUUCCUGGUCUGCUUUUAAACUACUCCAAACUCUAACAAGAACAACCAGCCUGCCAGCACACAGAGCCCUGACCCAAUUUUCUCUUCCUCUUUAUGUCCAGACGUUGCUGUUGUGAAGAUAAAAUGUCUGUUUUAUUAAAAGUGCCACUGAAGCACAACAGU